AUGGCAACUGGUCCUAUCCCACUUCGAGUACGCGAAGCUGAAAUACCAAUCGUGAGUGAUGCUGAAUGCAUACGAAAAGUAAAUGCUGUAACUGAAAAGAUUUUCAUCUUACCAGCAAGUAGUUUUUGUGCUGGCGGUGAACAAGGCAACGAUGCAUGCCAGGGUGACGGAGGCGGUCCUUUGGUCUGUCAAGAUGAUGGAUUCUACGAAUUGGCUGGACUUGUUUCAUGGGGCUUUGGUUGUGGAAGAUUGGACGUUCCUGGUGUUUAUGUCAAAGUUUCGGCAUUCAUUGGCUGGAUUAACCAAAUUAUCUCCGAAUUGUUCGACUCAUGUUUCAUCGGCCCACUUGCCACCGGUUUGCUGCGUUGGGCACAAAAGGGGAAAGUGAGACACAUUAAGAAGAAGAUAGAAUAAAAUGAUCUCUUAAAAUAGAUGUUUCAUAGUAACAUGAAAUAAGAAAUUGUGCUCAUAUAUGCAUUUGCAGAUAUACAAAAUUUAUAUAUCCUAUUAUACUAGCUAUAAGAAACAGAAC